AAAUAGAAAAAUGAACACUUGAUGGACCAUACGGCGUCGGUAUAAUUCUUUUUAAAGAUGUUGAGUUUACUCAUUGUACUGUACUAUUUCCCUCUUUAUGUACAAACAGAAAAGUCAAGAUCUUGCGAUGUUUUAAUAGGUAUAGAUGAGGACUUCUAUAUCCAGCAUGACCGGAACAUGACCCAGCUUGUUGAUCUUGCUCAAACCCAUAUAGAUAGAGUAAACCAGAUUUAUCAUCAGGCAGUGUUUGUUGAUGACUUUGCAGAUAUAUACUUUCGUCUUGCCAGAGUUCAAGUCAUGUUCGGGCCUUGUGCUUCAUUCAAGUAUGAAAACUGUACUGAAAAUCGGGAGAAAUUUCUGGAGAUUUUUGACCAGUACGAUUUCAGGGAUUUCUGUCUAGGGUACAUGUUCACUAACAGGUACAAAAUUGUGUACAAAAAAUUUAAUUUUGAUGGGUUUUUUCCUGUAAAACAGAACUGUUGUCCAAAUUGUUUUUUGUUUUGAACAUUUGUUACUUAA